AUGGCUCCCCUCGUCCAGCGGGCCUCCGCGACGGCCACCAAACACGACGACACGUCCAAGCCCAACAACCCGCUCCAGUCCGACCUCACCGCCGACGACAGCAGCAGCAGCAACGUCGACGCCGACGAACGCUACCUGGUAAGGCUCUGCGGGAGCCGGAAGCACAUCCACGGUUGAAAAUGACGGUCCCAGCCUAUCCUUGCAGCGCCUUUCAGUGAGUUACAAAAAAAAAAAAAAAACAGCAUCAAGCACGAGUCAUGGCACGCGGGUGCUUCCCCCCGGCUUCUACCCCGGCCGCCACCCACGGAAGGGAACGAGCAAGCAUUUGGCAUCCUGUAUGCUUGCUUGCUUGCUUGCUUGCUUCGUGGAGCGGCCGUGGGAGUCGCUCGGCGAAGCUGAGAUUAUACCGUUCGAACUUGAUCGCAGUAAUUUGCGCGCAAUGGAUAUGCAUGACCUCCAAUCCAAUCCGUCGAUGCUCCGACACCGGAUCGAUCACUCGACCGAAUCAGUCGAUGCUCCGACAGCUUUUCCCCUUUGACGGAGUCACAGUUCGAGUGCUAACUACCUCAAGGAAAGAAUCGGCUACAAACAGGUGAGCAAUCCUCUCGCUCAGAGGAAGAGCUUCAUCGUAGCAUUGCUUCAUAGAAGAAAUUCACUGACAGCCUACAGACCCUCCAUCGACAAUGGAACUUCUUCGAGAGCUUUGCCGCAAGCUUCGGUACACAACCUGCCAAGCCAUCACAUCCAUUCCCGUGCUAACAUCCUCCAGCCGCUCUCUAUUCCGUCGGAGGCGUUCGCACCACCUUCACGAUCGGUGUCGGAGCCGGUGGCCCCGCUGCCUACUGGAGCAGCUAUGUCGUUACCUGUGUCUUCGUCAUGAUCACCGCGGCUGUUCUGGCCGAGAUCUGCUCCGCAUUGCCCGCCGCUGGCUCCAUCUACUUUUGGGCGGCAGAGUCGGGAGGUCGUCGCUAUGGUCGUCUCUUCGGCUUCAUCGUGGCCUGGUGGAGUACCACGGCUUGGACCACCUUUGUCGCCAGUACCUGUCAGGCUGCUGCCAACUUUCUCCUCUCCGAGAUCACGGUAUUUGCCGUGGACUUCCCCACCGACACCAACAACAUUCGCUUUCGCGCAGUACAGUGGAUCGUUUCUGAGGCUAUCCUCUUCAUCGCCAUCGGCAUGAAUUACCUCAGCCCCAAGACGUAUCGCACAGUCUUUCGCAUCGCCACCGGCUUGAUCCUCUUGGACUUCCUCCUCAACAUCAUCUGGCUGCCCAUCGCGGUCUCCAAGACGUAUGGCUUCAAGGAUGCCACCUACGUCUUCACGCAGACCUACAACGAGACCGGCGCACCACCUGUGUGGAACUGGAUGCUGAGCUACUUCGUGACAGCUGGUAUCCUGGUCGGGUUUGAAGCGAGCGGACAUAUCGCGGAAGAAACGAAGAAUGCAAGUCUAGUGGCCGCGAGGGGUAUUUUCACAUCAGCAGGAGCUUCCGCCCUCAUUGGAUUCCCCAUCGUCAUCCUCUUUCUCUUCUGCUUGCCCAACUUGGACACUCUCUACCAACUGGACGCGCCUCAGCCAUUCGUCUCCAUCUACGCCUUGAGCAUGGGGAGAGGCGGUCAUGUCUUCAUGAACGUCAUCUGCAUUCUGGGACUCCUUUUCAACGCUACCGUGGCUGGUGUCGCCUGCUCGCGUCUGAUUUGGGCCGUCGCGCGAGACGGUGUCUUGCCUUUCUCUGCCUGGAUAUCCAAGGUCUCUGACAAGAAGGAGCCCAAGAACGCGAUCGUCGUCAUGCACGCAGUUGCUGCAUUGCUGCUGUGUACCAUCCUCGCUUCUCCGGUGGCUUUCUCAUCUCUCGUCAGCGCUGCGGGAGUACCGACCAUCACGGCGUACGCUCUGAUCUGCUGUAAGUUACCAGCUUUACCGCCUGAAAGACAAGAGCUAACAUCACAACAGUUGGGCGUACUUUCUUGACGCCACACAGCUUCCAGAACGCGAGAUGGUCUCUGGGACGCUGGUCUCGCCCAUUGAACUUCAUUGCCUUUGUCUGGAACAUGUACCUUUCCGCGGUCCUCUUCUCCCCCAUCGAAUUCCCGGUCACGGCCGACUCCUUCAACUGUAAGUGAGCUUGCAGCACAGGUGAGGUCAACAGCAACUGACAAUGUGCAGAUUCGCCAGUCAUCUUUGGUGCCGUCACCAUACUUGCCCUCGCCACAUGGUGGUUCACUCCAGAAGAGGCCUGGUUGCCAGCCGGGAGACUCGGCCGCGUGCAUGCCAUCGACGAGGCGACAGAGCCGUGA